CAGUCAAAUCUAUCAAAAUGGCAGCUUUGUAUUGAUGUCGAAAAAGUUAAUUUAUUUUACAAGAUACUGUGAAAUUUUUUAUUGAACCUUUAAAACUCAAUAUCAUCAAAUCCCGCGACAUGCGUUGUCUAAUAGUUCUAUUCGCUUUGGCCGCUACAGGCGCAGUCUGUGUGUCGGGGCAGUCCUACGAAGAUAAGCGGUGCAAGUGUGUGUGUCCGAGCCCCUCCGCGGUCCUCAACAACAACUCAACUAGCAACAACACCACAUCAGACAGGAAACUCUACAUCGCCAAUGUACACCCCAAUAAAUGUAACUGCGACGGGGUGAUUUUGCCACAAGUGGGAGAACUCAUCAAGGGCCGGGAGCAGGAGUUCUGCCCUCGCUGUGAGUGCAAGUACGAGAACAGGAACACCACCAUCAUCAAGGUGGUGGUGAUAAUAGUGAUCUGGGUGAUAAUGCUGCUGGUGGUCUACAUGGGCUUCCUUAUAUGUCUGGACCCGCUCAUCAACAAGCGAGCCAAGGCUUCUUACCAAGAACACACCAAUGAAGAUGACGAAUCCUCAACUGUGGGCGCUUCAGGCCAGCCGAUGGGCGUGCGGGGCAACGUGUUGAACCGGGUCACUCACCAGCAGGACAAGUGGAAGCGACAGGUCCGCGAGCAGCGACGCAACAUCUACGACAACCACACGAUGCUCAACUAGUAGUCAGGCCGACGGGGUCCGCCGGGCGCCUGGACUACCCCCGUCCGACCCUCCAGGGGCCCAUUUCUCAAAAGCUUGUAACUUGUAAUACAAGUGGAAGUCCCUUUCUAACAUAUGCUGUCAAAAAGUGACAUCCGCUUGUAUUACAAGUUACAAGCUUUUGAGAAACGGGCUCCAGGGGCCCAUUUCUCGAGCUAUAUUAGUCUAAUAUUAUUAGUGUGUUGUCAUGGCAACCCAUACGAUUUGACAGUUGGUGGACUAAUAAUAUUAGUCUAAUAACGUCUGAGAAAUAAGCCCCAGCGGGGCACGGGUUAUUCGCGGGCGGUCUAGAACGCAAAUGACUAGUGUAAUAUUUUUCACCGCACCAGCUCGGAAAGGCUCACUUUGCUCUACAAAAACUGAUAGAAAAGUUGCAUUUUAUUCACGUGUGAGGCAAAGUAAUCAAAUGCUAAUUUUGAGUUAUUUUCUUAUGUUUGCUGGUAAAAUUGACUUUUAAAUGAUGAUUUUGGAUGAUAAAUAUUUAAUAACAUUCAUUUGGAUUGUAUUUUCUUUGAUAUCUAACAUUUAAUAUUUGCUUCGGGUUGGUGUGGUGAAAAAUUUUGCGUUUCGCUUGGGGGCAACUUUUGUAGGAAAAUAACUAUUUUGUGUAUUUUUUUUUUUCAAAAUUUUAGACCCAGUAGCAGUAGUUUUGGAGAUAAAAGGGGGUGGGGGGAUAUUUGUUGGCUAUUUUCUUAAAUAACUUCGAACCUAUGUAUUUUAUAAUUAUAAAAAAUACGUUGUCCAUAUUUGGGUCACUAAUUUACAAUUGUGUACCAAAUAUCAACUUAAUUAGUCCAGUAGUUUCCGAGAAAAUAGGUUGUGACAGACAGACACUCCUACAGAGUGAUCCUAUAAGGGUUCCGUUUUUUUCCUUUUGAGGUACGGAACCCUAAAAAUAGCAAAAAGGCGUAUUUCUGUAGUUAAAUGAUUAAAGACUAAUCAAUCCAUUUAAUCUAGUAAUGAAUAAUUAAAUAAAUGUUAUUAAGUAAUUAUAAUUACUAUUGUAUUGUCAGAUAACCGGAUGUAGAUAUAUCAAGUUUGUAUGCAUUAAUAAAUUCGAUAUUGAAUUAUAAAAAAAGUAUUUGUAAUGAAUUAAAUGUAUAUUUAGGCCCACUUGCACCAUUCCACUAACCCGGGGUUAACCGGUUAAACCGUUAUCCUAGUGUCAAAUUGUACUGGUAACCAUGGCAACUCCAGGUUUAACCGGCUAGUGGGAUGGCGCAAGUGGGCCUUACUUAGAUUAAAUGUAAAAUUAUGAUAAUUACUAAAUACAGGGUGAAAGUUUAUUCGGUGCCCUAUUUUCAACGUGUUAUUAGAACGUCAAAAAUCACUUUAUUGGAGGUGGAAUGAAAUACAUACGAGUAUAGUUAAGUUUAUCGACAUGGGAACUCGCUACAGUCAUGUCUAUUGAUUUUGCUCCCGGAAAUUCGAUGUCUGGUUAUUAUAAUUAUUCAUAUUAAAUUACAUUUUCUCUAUAGUACCUAUAUAUUCUGCUUUUGAAAACAUAUGUACGAGUACAAUACGAUUAUUUUAAUGAGAUUUUUUUUUUUUAACAAGCAGACACUUCUGCGAGCGAUGCUGUUAAGCUUAGUUUUUUUUUAAAGUGGAAUAAUUACUGUCUUGCGUGAACUUGAACUGAUGGUAAUCCGUGUAAUGAAAUUAUUGUACCGAAUAUAAUUUCACUACCGGCGCGAUUCGGGAAAUGAAUUAGACAUUCACUAGAUUUGAAAUAGUAACGAUAUGUGACCUUCUACGGCAAAAGGUACCCUAUGGCGGUUGGCGCUUACGCUAUUAUUAACGCCGCUCCAAUAUUAUUGCGGCAAUAACGUACCUUUUGCCGUGGAACGUCACAUAUCGUUACUAUUACAUAUCUAGUGAAUGUCUAAUUCAUUUCCCGAAUCGCGCCGUACGUUAGAUGUAAUACAAUGUAUUGUUAUUAAUAAAAUUAUACGAUACAAUUAUUAGUAAUAAAUCAUUAUGAUUACAUAAAUUAAGUAUUAGAUUUGUUUUUUUGUAUAUGUCGUUUCUUUGUAUUAAUUAUUGUAAAUCAAAUAUUUAUUGUAUUAGAUGUGUAAAGUGUAAGAUAAAUUCGUGGUUCGUACUUGGCAGCUGAUGUAGAUAGCGCUGUACGGCUAUUAAAUAUAUUACAUGUGACAUAGGAAACUUUCAUUUCGGAAAUGGAAAAUUGCAAUUCCUAUAACAAAUAUACAGGUGCUUCCUGUAAUAGGAGCAAUAAAUUAAACUAAAGGCUGUACUCCUCAAACUGACCAACAUUUGUUCAGCAACUUUUAACAAUUAUGAAUCCUUUAGACUUCCUCUUUUUCAUACAAAAUAAAUAUUGCCUUCAAUGUACGCAGACACCAGUGUGCUUGACGUUACUUGUCACGCUUUUAACAUAACAAAAUUUACAAUACAUUGCAUCUUAGAAUAAACUUUAAAGUGUAAUAAAAAUCAAACCAUGAGUUAUUUUCAAAAGUUGCUGAACAAAUGUUGGUCACUUUGAGGAGUACAGACUAGUCUAUAUUUCUAUCUGUUACAGAAAACACACUGUACAUAGCUACCUUAGGCCGGUCCAGAACAUGCACUUAUAGGUCUAGUAAAAGUUUCGUGGUUUUCGAGAUAAUCGAACUUUUCUGUCUUUUUAAAUAAUCUAAUUAAUUAAAAGAAUGUGUCCCUGCCCUGUCGGUUGUUAGAAGGUUAUCCAUUAAUUACUGGGCACCCUGUAUAAUAAGUUUCCGUCAUUUUUCCAAGUGGAAAUUUCCCAAUUUUCGACACACCAGUGCACUGAACAUGGCGCCAUCUUUAGCUGUCAAACGCGAUUGGUACUUUAAACAUCUUAUAAAAUGAAUGAAUCUUUUUUGUAAAUAAACAUUGUGUCGCAUUGGA